AUGAAGUUCACUCUUUAUGCUGUCGCGCAAGCACUUGAGAAACAACCUGAAGUAGCUGCGCGUUGUAUGCAAGAAGGCCAUGAUGUAGCGUCGCAUGGCUAUCGAUGGGUGGAUCAUCAUGGUCGGUCCCAUGACAAAGAGAAAGAGUUCAUCAGAAAAGCAAUCAAGAGCUUGAAAAGUCUCAGAGGGUACGCACCAAAAGGCUGGUGCUAUGGUCGUCCAUCACCUCGCAGCCGAACUCUCGUUCCACAGGUCUACCAAGAAAUGGGCGAAGAACUGAAAUGGACGAGCGACACGUACGCCGACGAUGUACCGUACUGGAUCGAUCUUCCUAGUAAGCAUAACAAACAAAAUCCAAAGGGGUGUCUUAUGAUUCCAUAUAGUUACGACUGUAACGACUUUAAGUUUCAUACCGUCACUGGUUUCAACGACCCUGACGGCUUCUGUACUCACUUGAAGAAUGCCUUUGAUUUGCUCUACGAUGAGGGAGAAGACGGAGAGCCCAAGAUUAUGACCGUCGGUUUGUAUUGUCGCAUCAUUGGAAGGCCUGGGCGGUUCAAGGCCUUGAAAGACUUUGUGGAUUACAUAGAGCAGAAGGAAGGAGUUUGGGUAACUACGAGAACAGAGAUCGCCGAGGUAUUCAAGACCCAGUUCCCUUAUAAUAGGGGUCAACUGGUGGAAGGUGAAGACAGCGAAACCUAG